AGUGAGAGGUUAGAAUAAUUCGGCUCGCUGAAGGUCUACGUCUUGCUUUGAAGGUCCUUCGCUGGGGAGAACUUGGAAAGAAGACAGACGCUGAGAUAAGGAAAAGAACGCGGGGGACUCCUGAUACCCGAUUUGAUGUAAAUACCUCAAGUUCUGUUGCAAAAAAGAUACUUCUCUCCUGACGUCAGCUGCUGUUCACAUUCUUGGUAGAAAUGUUCCGCUUCCAAAUAAAGAACAAGAUUCUUGGAGAUACUGAGAUGCUAUGCUGCCAGUUUCCUUUGGCAAAAUUUCAUAGCUUGAAUGUACAGGAGAGUGAGAAGAAGGAGGAGGAGGAGGAAUUUGGAGAAGAGGACAAAAAAAGUUCCAAAGUGCAACCAAGAGAGCAUUCGGGCCAAGUCCAUGGUUGACAUGGUAGAGCUGAGUUACUGUGGGACUUGCAGGGUUUCGAAUUCUUCGACGUCCGGAGAAAAGUCUGGAGGUGGACGGAAGGCGUCUGCCAGUCGGAUUCCAGGAAAUAAUAGGAAUUAUUUAUGGAGCUAUGAGCUGGGGGAACUUGUCUCAGGGUUUGGCUGGACUUUACGGUGCCGGUCGGUCAGUGGUCCAUGCUGUCCCAUGUGCCCUUGAUGAAACAUGUAUAAUGGGGCCCAUGAGGCAACAGUUCGGCAGUUUCCGGAAAACUCUUCCAAAGUCCGUGAUUUCACUUGGAACGCGGAACAAGAGGCUUUGGGUCGGUCUGAGCUCCUCCUGCUCUCAAGACCUUAGUUCUGCGGUGAAGUGGGUUCAUCCAGACACUCUGCUGAAGCUUUUCUUUGUAAUGAGAUGUGAGCCAUGACCAUGGCUAAUCAGGGCUUGGAAGUAGAAGAAGCGGCAAAGUUCCAGUGAGAAGAUCACGAGGGGACCAGGGGCUGAAUCUCGGUCACAAGGAGAAGUGCAGCUGUCGUCGCUCCUUCUCCAUUCCUGUACUACAAAGAGCGCAUCGUGAAGCGGUGCUACCAUCACACACGUCCCAACGCUGACAGAGACCUGGACUGACGACGAAUCCGUCCAUGACUGUUGCAACACCCUCCCCUGGUCCCGCUUAGCUAGGAUGGAUGAUGGACAGCACUGUGUCAAGAUCGGAGAGAACAGGUUUGUCAGCAAAGAAGCGCUGCUGUCGCACCUCAGGACGUACAAUAUUUACUAUGAAGGACACAAUCUUCAGCUCAGACACAGGGAGGAGGAAGGGGAGCUCAUUGUGGAGGGACUGCUCAGUGUCUCCUGGGGGCUGCGGCGACCAAUCAGGCUGAAGAUGCAGGAUGAGAAAGACCGAAUCAGACCUCCUCCCUCCUCCACAUCCUGGCAUUCGGGCUGCAGCCUGGAGGCACAGAGCAAGAGUGACCCCCCACAAGCCCAAGUGGCAAAGCUUGAGGGCCAAGUGCAGGAUUUGACCAGGAGACCUCAGGAGGAAGGAGCAAUAGGUCAGGAAGGUGCCGAAGACUCUCCGCAGCUCCUGAGGACGAGAAGUGACGUUGGGGUGUGGAGGCGGAGCACCAGACGAUCGCCUGGCGACCAGCGACGGAUCAGACGUCACAGGUUCUCCAUCAACGGCCACUAUUACAACCACAAGACGGCCGUGUUCACGCCCACCUAUGGCUCCGUCACCAACGUCCGCAUCAACAGCUGCAUGAGCACAUCUCAGGUUUUGCGUGUCCUUCUCAACAAGUUCAAGAUCGAGAACAGCCCUGACGACUUCACACUCUUCCUGGUCCACACCAGUGGGGAACGCGUGCAGCUGAAGCGCACGGAUCACCCUCUGGUUGUGCGCAUCCUCGAGGGCCCCUGUGAGCAGGUCAGCAAGAUCUUCAUCAUGGAGAAGGACCUCGGAGAGGAGAUCACUUACAGCGUGGCUCAGUACAUCAAGUUUGAGAUGCCAGUUUUGCAGACUUUCAUCACCAAGCUGAAGGAGGAGGAAGACAGGGAGGUGCAGAAGCUCCGGAGCAGGUACCACUCCCUCCGCCGUAUGAUUGAGAAGCAGCUGCAGUGCCUGACAGAGGGUCCAACAUGCAUGUGAAAGAAGGACUGCAAACAUCUCCUAAAUAUGUCUCGAAGUGAACAGGUCUUUGCACCCAAACAUGCAACGUCGUUGUGUUCUGGAUGAAAAGUGCCCAGAUGAACGCUCCAGUAUGUUUAGCAGUUGCUCUGAGGACGCCGUAUAGGUGUGUUGGUUUUAUUCUGUGUGUUCAGAGUUCUUCACUUCCUUGUUGCCCCUCAACAUCAGUCUUGACUUCCGCCUCCUUAUUUUUGCUCCAGCUGCACUUCUACCCCUUGCCUUUCUGCUCAGCACUUUACUACCUAACCCAGAACCCAAACUCUUAACUAUAACCUUCACCCCUAACCCCUAAGUUUAACCUCAACUCCAACUCUAACUCUAACCUCAACCACUAACCCUAAUCCUCCACUUUCAUCCCAACAGUCUCUCCCUUAAAGUACCUGCAUAUUUAGCCAUAUUUCAGCUGGUAAUAAUGCUAGUGAAACGCCAACCACAGCAAAGCACGAUGCAGCAAGUAGUAGUUGGUCAAACAAAAGCACAUGGUACAUUGAAGAAACCAAAGAGUGGAACACAAGGAAGUCACACUGAUCCUUAGAAGGCAUUUGCCAAGACAGUCCAGUGGUUGUCUCGUAAUGAGAUGUUGACUGCAAUGUACCACCGUCACAAGCAUGGGCUGUCAAGGUGUCCCUCUGACAGUGAGUUACCGCGGGACACACAUGUUUUCUGACUAGGGGUGUCUUCUGGAGACAACUCCUCGCCAGGGAGCCGAGGUUCCUGGAGCCAGUAGCGGUGCUGAUCUCCUCUCAGCUCCCCUUGACAUGGGAGAGUAAUGUCAACAUCCCGACCAAGUGCCAGAUCCACUCCUACGGUCAAGUGAACUUGACAUCCACUGGUUGCUUCAAUCCGAUGCCGUAUCGACCGUCCUGCCGGAUUUCACAGAGCAUCUCAACCCGACAAGAUGUUUUGCAGGGAGACGUCUUCAUUUUCUACGUCAGGCACAGUUUGGGCAGCUGUGUUGGUUUUUUCCCAAGUACCACGAAGAUACAGGACAUGACCACAUGAGUCCCGGGAAGUGUAUGUGAGCACACUUGGUAAUAGGUUGACUAAAGUGCGCAGAUUGUAACGAAUGCUGCGCCGGCAUGAUUGUGUACGUGUGUGUGUGUCUGUGUAUUCGACUGGAAUAGUGGAAAUAAAGUUUAAACCCUGGGAAUUUUUGUCCCUAGAUGCAUAGAAGUGGAUGAAUUGUAUCUCCGCAAAAACCUCGAUUUGGACGUGUGCUUCAUCCAGGACUUCCCUUCACCCAGUUCAGUUCUGCUGUGUUUUAUUUUCCGUGUAACAUUAACUCCUGAUUCUUUGGGCGAAGUGGAACCGUUCACACUCAGCUCUCUUUGGUGGAGUCCUGCUACCAAGAGCCCAUUUCAUGGUGUUGCUCUUACAGUCAGUUGAAACUUCCUUGGUGAGGAGUUGUACUCCUCAGGUAUGGAAUGUAAAACUUGGGUUAUACUCACCCACGGUGGCUGAAGCUGCUUGUCCCAAUGGGGGUUGCAGCGAGCCGAAGCCUAACCCAGCAACGCGGAGCGU